UGCUUUGCACAGCUAAGAUGUUUUUGUCAUUAACCCAGAAACUGAGGUACAAGGGCAACCCCUGCCCAAAGGCCCUCUAAGAAGGGGAGGGACUUGCAUAGCUGACCAAGGAGACUUUGAAGAUGCUCAAGGACCAAAGACAGCAGUUUCUCUGCUCUGUGACCAUCCUAUCAGUGCAGUACCUGAGAAGCUGGGUGUAACUUUGACAAUGCUAUGGUAACCCAGGUGGAGCAAAAUUGAAUUCAUGGGGGUGGGGACCUGGGAGAGUAUCUAUUUGGGAUGCCACAUAGUAGCAGAAAGGACCCAUCUGAGAAAUCUCAAGAAGAGACUCAGGGACUUAUAGAAACAUUGAUUAAGGACAGUUUCCCCUUUAAAUGAGGAAGCAGGCCCAGAAAACAGAUGAUACUUACCCACAAUCACCCAACUAGUUAGCAGUGGAACCCUAAACUGCACCUUGAAGUGAAGGGUCCCAUAAGAAAGGUGGAUGGAUUCUUCUUAGUGGGGCCAUCUUAGUCCAGAUGCAGCAGGUGAAGGAAGAUGGGCAUUUGAGAAUGACCCACGGAAGGUUCCCCAAGUGGUCCUAGCACCAGGAGCUUGUCACAGAGUGUGGGCUUCAUACUGUUGAGCUGCAGGCCCUGCUUGGGGCUUCUGGAAAGGGGACAACCUCUGGGUUGUCUUCUGGGAAGAACAGUCUCUGGUAAGGAGAGGCUGGAGACUCUCUAAAACUGGCCCUGAACCUUCUGAGCUGUGUUUCUCCUCUAGGGGCUGAGCUGGAGGAGAGUAGCAAAAACAUGAAGAAGUUGGAUGCCAUGACCCUCAUUAAAGAAGACAUGUCCAUCUUCGGGCACUGCCCUGCCCAUGAUGACUUCUAUUUGGUUGUGUGUAACCACUGUAGCCAAGUGGUGAAGCCUCAAGCUUUCCAGAAGCACUGCGAAAGAAGACAUGGGCCACUCAGCAAGCUUUAUGCCCGGGCCCCACCCCCACCUCCAGCCCCUGCCAGCUCUCAGAAAUGCCAUGUAGUGAAUGGGCAGGGCCCAGCUUGUAGGGCCCCAGGUUCCACGAAAACCUCCUCCAGGGAGAAGGGCCAGGGGUCCCGGAGCCGUGGCCACCAGCCUCCUGAGAAGACCCAGAAGGACAACCUCUGCCUUUUCGUGCCUGUGGUGAAUCUGGAGAAGAUGUCCAGUCUCCCGAAGCCUGAUGGACAUGGAAUCAGAGUGGCCCCACCCUCUGCUUUUCUCAGCCAGCCAGGGGGCCUCACCAAGGACUCCCCUGGAAAACCUCCCAUGGCUCCCCCUUCUAAAGAACCUCCUGGCAGAGAGAACAUCGAGAUCAUCUCCAGUGAGGGGUCCAGUCACUGGGCUGAAGGCAGCCCUCCUGAAAAGGAGCCCAGUGGGACCAGGCUGCCCCCUAAAACCCACCGGAAGAUGGCUCGAAAGGAGUGCGACCUCAACAGGCAGUGUGGGGUAAUAAAUCCAGAGACCAAAAAGAUCUGUACCCGCCUGUUGACCUGCAAGAUCCACUCAGUACACCAACGCCGGGAAGUCCAGGGCCGGGCCAAGGACUUUGACGUGCUGGUGGCAGAGCUGAAGGCCAACUCCCGCAAAGGGGAGUCUCCCAAGGAGAAGAGCCCAGGGCGCAAGGAGCAAGUUCUCGAGCGCCCCUCCCAGGAGCUCCCCUCCUCAGUCCAGGUUGUGGCAGCGGUGGCUGCUCCCAGCAGCACCUUCUCUGUUCGUGCCAAGCAGACCUACCCAUACUGUGCACUGCCCAGGUCCCAGGCCUCCUCCGAGAGUGAACUGGAUGAUGAAGGCCCCUGUGGUGGUGACGGGGACCCAGGCCUGUUCCCCUUCCCCAUGCCCCGGGGUGGGGCCCAGGCCUCCAGCGAAGAGAGUGAGGAGGAGGGGACAUCUGACGACCUCCACCCACCCCCUGACUGCCAUUAUGCAACCCGGCCCCCACGGCCACAGGCGUUCUGCACCUUUGGGAGCCGGCUGGUGAGCCCAGGAUGCUAUGUGUUUAGCCGCCGGCUGGACCGGUUCUGCUCUGCACUCAGCUCCAUGCUGGAGCGGCACCUCAGCUCGCACAUGUGGAAGAAGAUCCCACCGGCAGCUGAACCUCCAGCUCACCUUGUCAACUCCCCGUUAUCUGCUCCCCUGAGCCCAUCCUCUACAGGCACCUGCCCCCGCCUUCCAGGUCCACCCCUGAGACCUGCCUGCCCAGCCUCCACGCCCCCCACCAAGGACAACCUUGUCCCCAGCUACCCUGCAGGCUCCCCCAGCGUGGCAGCUGCCUGUAGCCAGGCAGAGUGCAUGGGCGGGAGCCAGGCUAUCACCUCACCACUGCCUGCCAACACGCCAUCCCCGUCCUUCAGCAAGUUACCGCCUUCCAAGGCCAGUAAGUCAUCCAAAGGCAAGGACGGGGUGGAGGUGGAGGCCCCUUCUCGAAAGCGGAAGUUAUCCCCUGGCCCCACCACUCUGAAACGGACCUGCAUCCUGGAGCCCACUGGAAAAGGCAAACCCUCUGGCUGUCGGGGCCUCUCGGCCAAAACUAAAACAGCCCUGAGCAUGGGGCUUAAUGGGACAAUGGGGCCAAGAGUGAAGCGGGCAGGGCACCUGGACUGUCGUGGCUCCCCUCAUCAGCUCCCCACACCAGUCAAGGCUUCUCAGCUGGAGAACCGGGGAGCAGCUGGACACCCAGCCAAGGCCCUGCCAACCAACUGCCUCUCUGAGGAGGAGGUGGCCAAGAAGCGGAAAAACCUGGCCACUUACUGCCGGCCAGUGAAGGCCAAGCACUGUCAGGCUGGUGCCCCUGCUGAUGUGGCCUGCUCUGUGCGCCGCAAGAAGCCAGGCCCGGCCCUGGCCUUUGAGGAGAAGUGCUCUACACUGAAGGUACUGGAGCUACCUCUGUUCCCUGAAGGAAAGGGAGUUUGAGUCCCUGGGUCACAGCCUAACAUGCCGAGCAGCAAGUCAAAAGCCCAUUAACGAGAAAGUGCCUGCCCACUGCAACGGAGCCGCCAGCACCUCCUCCCCUCCAGAUCCGGGCCCCAGGCUGCUGCCGCUUUUUAUAACUUUAUAUUAUUUUUUUUAAGAAAAAAAGCUCUUUAAAAUA